GUGUGAUUAAAACAGUUUUAGAAUUCACUGUGUUUUAAUGCGUAAUUUUUGUACUGAGUAACAACUUAUACAAUAAAAUGAAGUUUUCAGUGUUUUUCUUUGUUGUUUUGGCAACGUACACGGUAGUUACAGCCACUGGUACAGUUGACGAAGUAACUGCCGAAGCAGGUAAAGAAAUUGGAAGGAAUGCAAGAGAAAUUGGUGGUAUCUUUCAAGAAAUUGGAAAAUUACAAAAUCGUUUAUAUCCAGUUGAAAAACAAAUUCGCGGAGAAUCUCAGCAUACAACAAAUGAAGUAACAGAAAAAAAUCAAGAAACAUUAGCUUUAAUUAAUAAUAUAGAUAAACCAGAUUGUCGCGUUAAAGCUAAAAAAGAACUAGAGAGUGCUUUCACUCAAACAAAAGCUGAUAUUUUAGAAUGCCAACAAGAUACCAUUCACAAAAUGAACGAUUUCGAGCACGAUUUAAAGGAAACACAAAAAUCACUUAAGCAAUUGAAAAAAACAAAUGGUAAAAUUAUUAAAAAUUGUUAUCGUAGUACAAAUCGACAAGCUGAAGAAUUGGAACAAUGUUUCAAAGCCAAAGAUAAUGAAGUCAAAGUUGAAAUAAAGAAAGAAGAGGAAAAAGUAAAUACCGUGAAAGAUAAAAUUACAGAUAUUGAUUCGAAUACCGUAAUUAAGUGUAUUCAAGCAACUUCACCUGCGUUCAAUAAAAAAACAGAUCAAAUUGUUGUCGAUGUAAAAAAAUGUGGUGGGGUUGAAUAACAGUUGAUUGAAUAUUUUUGUGAAAUUUAAAACUACAAAGCUCGU